AUGUCGUUUUCGACGAUGGAUUUAGAAUUAGAUGACAGGAUGACCCAAGUUCGUGCGACACAUCGGAUCAAAGCAUUCACGCACUGGUCACUGCCAACUCCAAACGCCUGCGUUUCUCUCCACUCCGACCUUGCGAGAGCCGAGCGACCAAACCGUCUGAAAAUGCUUCGCAGAGCCACCGGAUUCCUAGCCCGACCCAUUCUUUGCGGCAGGGCGCGACCUUUCUCGACGGAUCUACACGCUGCUCAGACCACGGACUCUGGCUUCGUGGAAGCGUGGAAGAAAGUAAUCCCAAACAUGGAACCACCGAAGACCCCUCUCUCUUUCAUGCAGCCUCGUCCUCCUACACCAUCUUCUAUCCCUUCCAAGCUCACCGUUAACUUCGUGCUCCCUUAUGCUUCUGAGUUGUCCAAUAAAGAGGCUGACAUGGUCAUAAUUCCAGCAACAACAGGGCAAAUGGGUGUUCUUCCUGGACAUGUCUCAACAAUUGCAGAGUUGAAACCUGGGGUGCUAUCCGUGCACGAAGGGAAUGAAGUGACGAAGUAUUUUGUUAGCAGUGGCUUUGCAUUCAUCCAUGCAAACUCCUUUGCUGAUAUAAUUGCUGUUGAGGCUGUGCCAGUCGAUCAAAUUGAUGCCAACCAAGUUCAGAAGGGACUCGCUGAGUUCACCCAGAAGCUGAGCUCAGCCUCAACUGACCUGGAGAAAGCUGAAGCCCAAAUUGGAGUGGAUGUGCAUAGUGCUCUCAAUGCUGCUCUCACGGGCUAGUGAUUGCAGUUCUUUCACAUGUUCCUUUUUUUGCUUUCUUUUAAGUCUGCCUCAGUGACACUUGAACUUGUGGCGUAAAGGCUUAAGAUUUCUUCUCAGCCUUUUGUUCUUGCAUUUCUGGGCUGAACGUGAAACUGGUACAAGUAAAAUCUGAACGGAUUUAUAUAGUUUUCAUGGAGUUAAAAGCUAGAUAUCAAGUUGUUGCCUUGAAAAAAGAAAGUGGAAUGGUUCAUUGUUUUGA